CCGAGUUGAAUUGCAGUUUCUUCUCGCAAAACUAUAUCUCUUGCUCGAUUUGUUCCAGCAACCACGUAUAAAAUUAAUAAAACUAUUCGUUAGAUUUUAUGUAGUGUUUGAAAUUAAAAACGUGCAGAUUUAUUCAGAAGAAAAAGACAACAAAAAUGGCGCCCGUGGUCCAAUUUAUAAUCAGCCCUGAUGUGGUUCCCGGUGUGAUGCUGUUGAUGCUAUCCGUGGUGCCUCGGGUCUCUUUUGGAGCUCCCGUGGGCGAUGGCGGAGAGUUAAACCGGAGUUGCGCAAGGCAGAUGCAGCUUCUGCAGGACAAUUGGGACAAGAUAUAUCCCAGGUGUGAUGAGCAGCGGCAUAAGGGAGACGAGGAGAAGAAGGACUGUGACAUCAGAGGAAACAUGAUGGGUCUCAGAGACCUGUUCGUGGACAGCGCCUAUUAUGGUAGAUCCUGUAGUGGGCUGCAGAGUGAGCUGACUCAGCCAGAUAUGUUCACAUGGUAUGGGUGUAUCUACAAGCGGGAGAACAAAACUUUCGAUAAUGGCAUCAUCGCCAAGUCUUCUCUGAGGAAACCCUUAGGAAUCAUGCCGACUUUCUGGUAUAACAAGUUGAUGUGCGAGAACAUAAUCAAAGAGGAGGUCGAAGAUCGAUCCAAAAUAAAUAAAGAGUCCAGCUGUGUGCCAAAAUACCAAAUGGUCGAGUUCACCCUCGAAGUCCGCGAUUGUCCCGGUGGAAAACAAACUCGAUUGAUCUGGUGGCCGGCUAUCAUGUAAGCAGAUGGUAUGGCCUGAAGAAAACUUGAAUUGUAGUUGUCGGGCGAGAUAAACUUAAACGAAAUCGUAGAUGAGGUUACAAUUUUUAGCAUAAAAUUCAAAA